GUGUACAUCUCUGUAUUCAAUAUAGAAAGUGUUUUAGAUUUCAAAAUAUGAACUGCAACUUUCAGGCUUUAAAGAAUACAGAAAGGUGCAUUUUUUGACCGAAACCUCUCAUAGAAAUGAAUAAUCUAUUUAUUCUUCUUUUCUUUAUUUGUAAACACUCCCUUUAAUUAACAAUAUUUGAGGUGUUACUGGACUUCCAGAGGAUAUCUGUACUCUUACUCUUCUUGACUUUUCCGUGUACUGUUCCUUUAAAUCUUCAGAUACAAUCCUAGAAACCAUCUUAAACUUUGGAUAUGCUGAGGAUCCUGGUUUUGAGGAAAUACUGAAGAUGAAAGAAUUCUUUUUCAGCGCAGAAAUAUAUUCAGCUCUUAUCAGAAAACAGGAUAUCUUAGAAUUCAUUUGGAACAAUUCAAUAGAAGCAGAGGACAGAGAUAUUAGUUUGAACCUGAAAAAUCUCCAAACCAAAGACGGUAGAAAUGACAUGAAAUUGAUCAACUCUAUGGUGGAGCAUGAAAAAUAUGAACUUUUUCAACAUCCGUCCACUCAAACUUUCGUUGCACUGAAGUGGCAAUUUUUGCAAAAAUAUUUGCACUUCAAUCUCAUACCCGCAGUUCUUUUUGCAAUAGUUUUGACACUGGCUGUUAUUCUAGAGCUAAACUAUCACCAAAAUCUAGAUUACUUAGAGAAUAACCAGCCUGUUACAGACUAUUUAAUAACUAUUUUUUGUAUUUUAUUUUACCUUCCAAAUCUAUUUCAAAUGAUCUCCUUUGUUUGUAUCUCAGCCAAAAAAUCCCAACUCAAAUGUACAGUUUUGGGACCCUGUUUUAUUGUGGACAUUCUUCAAGUGAUCUUUCUAAUUUUGUACCUGAGCACAAAUCUUGAAUCUGCGCUGAUGCCACACACUCAUUUUGCCGGCAUUGUCGUCUUCAUUGCCUGGUUGAGAGUUGCAUUCAAAUUGGAAGAUUUUCCGAGGAACAGUGUUGUUAUCCAAAUGUGCAUGGCUUCCAUGAUGGAUGUGGCAAGACUUUUGGUUGUAGUUUCUCCAUUAUUUUUAGGAUUCGUUUUCUCCUUUCAUGCUCUCAUUGGUGGCCAACAGAUGGCGUUCCCUUCGAAUGCAGUUGACCCGUCAACUGCUCAAGAAAAUGUUGAUCUUUCUUUCACUCAAGAAGAUCAAACCAUCACUGGACACAGUUCAACAAAGAAAAGAGGGGCUUUUGAGAGCCCCAUAGAUAGUCUUUUCAAGACAUUUAGCUUAGUGAUCGGAGAAAUGGAUUUUGAUGUUUAUUUUAAAGAGAAUCAAAUCAAAACACAAGGAACAACUCAGAUUCUUUAUACUUUCUUCACUUUAAUCUUUUCAUUAGGCAUGGUGUCCCUUGUAACGGGGCUUGUAGUUCAGAAUGUCAGAGAAAUUAGUGAAACCUACCAAGAAAGAAAGUUUCUGAAGAAGCUUGAGAACUGCACAAAGAUGGAGGAAAUCUUGAAUUUUUACAAAAAUAUAUUCAGUUUCUCAGUUUUCAAACAGAAGAUCGAACAUUUUUCUCUUUCUAAAAAUGUGUUUAAAACUGUCAGGCUGAAGUAUAAAAUUGACAAUGGAGCCCUUGUAAAUAUUUUGAAAAGCAGACUGAACAAGCGGGCUGACAUGGUGGACGUGUUGGAAGUAAAUGAAGACAGUGAAAUUAAAGAGACAGGUAAGGAGGUGGUGAAGAGGUAUCGGGAUUGGGAGGGUACUCAGCGGAAGGGUUUAAGAACUACAGGGUGA